ACAUUAAGAAACAUUCCUGAAAUAUGUGACCUGUAUAAAGUAUUAAGGAAAUCACUGUGUAAGUCAUGUCUUAAAUGUUUUCCACGUCAUUCACGUUUGAAUCACAAAAUUUAAAAAAAAUCUGGGUCAUUCAUAACAACCUGGAAGAGUUGGGCUUACAAUUAUUAACCAAUUUAAACACUGGGUGGUGAAUAGAAGAUGUGUAUUUACAGUGUGUAAGUAAAGGGUGAUGUGCACUAAACUGAACUCUUAAGAACACCAGAGUGACUACACUGUACUGAUUAUGGUGAAAUAAGCAGGAAAAGAAUUUUAAAAUACUGAUUUUGGUGGUCAAGAUCAUUGUGUACAUGACAAAGGCAUAUUUAAACCUGUAUUUAAAAAAAAUAACUAAAAUGUUUAAUUAAAAAUCUUGGAGGUCGCAGACUAAAUGCCUACCAUAUCCUCUGGCUUUUUAGCUAGAAGACACAGCCUUGUGUUGGUGCAACGCCAGCUUCAGCAGACAGAACAAAAGACAAAGGCUGAUAUUGGUACAAUGGCAUCCUUACCCUCGCCCCCCUUUUAGUUUUUAGGGACAAAGCCGAGAGCACAAAGCAACGAUUCUACUAUACGCGAACAAGUAGAAACAGAGGCUUCAAGACUAACCGUUCAUCACUGCUUUACUGUCUAUUAAAUAUUAAACUAAAUAAAUAAAUAAAUACAUACAUAAAUAAAAACUCCAUUCUUGAAUAUCAGACUCUGCUUUGUUUUACUUUUAUUGAUAAGUCUGUAAACUUAGUCACUAUUUGUGUGCCUUCUUUCCAGGUCUCACAUAAACCUAAUUAGCAGCACUUUCAAAAUCUUUUACACCACUUUUAAUAAAGGCGCUUUGAAUGAUGAACCGCUGAAUGCUGAUUGACCUGUAAUCCCGCUGCUUUGUCUACAGCAGCUAUGAUGAUUUCACUCUGUUUUGUUGUCCUUUGUAAAAUGAGCCGCUCUGAGGUCAUUGCACUUAUUCGUGCUCUAAUUGGUCAGAGUUAAUAACCAGCUUCGUGUGACGCCUAUCCCACUUUUAGGAUAACUCCAGAUAACAGAGAGACAGGCCGGGCGUGCUGGAAUCACUCAGCACAAGGACCUGUGCUCACAGUCAGAGACUUUCAGCUUUAUUUCAACUUUAAUCACAUUCAGUCAGAUUUGAAACUCGGGCUCUGUUAUUCACUGCGAAUAUCAGCACAGUCAGACUGAGAGUCGGAUUAACACUUUACAUGAUAAUUGGAUUAAAACUGCACCGUAACACCAACAUGUCUGCUGGGACUGCGGCGCUCUGCUCGACUUUCCUAUUUGCCUUCGUGUCAGUGUCUGCAGACCAGAAAAACAUCACAGCUGAGUCUGGACAGGACGUCACUCUGCCAUGUCGAGCUCCAGACAACAACAACACAAACUAUGUAAAGUGGAGCAGAGCUGACCUGGGAGAUGAAUAUGUGAUUUUGUAUCGGGACGAGCAGUUGGAUCCAGAAAACCAGCAUCCAUCUUUUGAGAAUCGGGUGGUUUUCCAGGACAGACAGAUGAAGGAUGGAGACGUGUCUUUGAUUCUGAACAAUGUGAUGAUUAAUGAUACUGGAACAUACGAGUGUCGUGUCACUAUGACAGGAACAAACCACAGUAAGGGAGCUCAUAUGCGUGUCAGCAGAAUCGACCUGACUGUUGUUGUUCCUCCAGGUCAGACAGGAGGAUCUGUUGGACUGAUUGUUGGUCUGUCAGUUUCUGCUGUGCUUCUUGCUGUUGUUGGUUUCUUGACCUACAGAAGAUGUAAACUGAAUCCUGCUGAUCCAGAUAAAGCAGAGCUUCUUAAGCCUCCACAGCACAAAUGUGAGUCAGAUGAACAAACACAAAGAAACAUAGAUAAAUGAUGGUGAACCUCCAGCAGAUGGCUGUAGAAAGCUGGAUGUUCAGAUCAAUGUUCUCUCUAAUUUUUCAUGUGUCUGAGCGAACACACAAACUCCCUGAGCGAUCCCUUGGACCACUGUGAGC